AUGGCGUAAUGGUGUCAGACGGUAGCGGAAACGGUUACGAUGGCGUAAUGGUGUCUGAUGGCGGCGUAAAUGGUUACGAUGGCGUAAAUGUGGCAGGCGGCGGCGCAAAUGGUUACGAUGGUUGGAAUGGUGGUCAGGUUCAUGGCGUAAUGGUGUCAGACGGUAGCGGAAACGGUUACGAUGGCGUAAUGGUGUCAGAUGGCGGGGUAAAUGGUUACGAUGGCGUAAAUGUAGCAGGCGGCGGCGUAAAUGGUUACGAUGGUUGGGAUGGUGGUCAGGGGGCCCACGGCGUACACGUUGUAGAUGACGGUGGCGCAAAUGGCUAUGACGUUGUUCGAGUGGACGACGGAGACGACGGUGGCGUACAUGUUGUCGAAUGAAAUGUUAUAAAUAAUUUUCCAUUUACAUAUACAUAUAUGUAUAUAAUACUUAUUCUUUAUGACACCAAUUCAAUAAAUAAUACAAUAAGAUGAGCUAAGGUGAUCUUUAAAAGCAUUGUUUAAAAAAGACCUUUUGCACAGCGCCGAUGUAAUGCCCGAGUGCAAAAUAAUUCCUUGACACUCUAGUAGACACGCGAUCAAAAUUAAAUACA